CUUGAGCCACCGCGCCCGGCUAUUCUCUUUAGCUGUUUACACACCCAUUCUGUAUAAUUAGACGUCAUUGUGCAUUCUUCACUUUUAUCGCUUAUUACGUCAGCGGCAGGUUUGUAAUACCAACACACGUAAACUUUUACAGCCAGCAUUUCAGGGGCUGCAUAAUUCCCCACCAGGUUGGCACACUCCCCUGGGUGUCCCUUCUCUCCCCUGGGAGACCUCUGGCAGAGGUCAGGAUACGGUGGGAAGUGUCUGGACUUGGCCGCCAGCCAGGCUGGAUCCAGGUGUGGCCUCUGGUGGCCCCGAUUAGCUCCAUGACCCUAGAUCUGAACAGCAAUGUCUUGUGGCUCUGAGGUGUUGGGAAGUGGAAUAUCUUCAGUGCCAAGCUGAGGACACCGCACUUCCUUCCUGCCGUGGUGGGAACAGUCACUGGCCAGCACUCUCCGGGCGCGGGCUGGUCAGUGCGCAUCUUUUAGCAUUCAGGUAGCUGGAGGAGGAUGGAUGGGAUGGGUCAGAGAACCAGACCCAGGCUAGGGAAACCGGUCGAAAGCUUGCGGGCCCGGUGAUUCAUGAUGACAUGUGGAAACUUCUUUUCUGAUUCCGGAGCCAAAGAACAAUCUCAGAGGAUAGAGUGUCUUUUCCCUCUGAGCUCUCCAGGAGCUGAAAUCCCUUUGCUCAGGAAUGGAAAUUGACACUGGGCUGCUGCUGCUGUUUCCUGAGUGACUGGAUUGUUUGCCCUAGAAUUAGGAUUUAUUCAAGAACAUUAAGCUUACUUUUUCUAAAUCGGAUUCCCACUGGAAAUUCGUUGUAUGAAUCUUAUUACAAGCAGGUCGAUCCAGCAUACACAGGGAGGGUGGGGGCGAGUGAAGCAGCGCUUUUUCUAAAGAAGUCUGGCCUCUCGGACAUUAUCCUUGGGAAGAUAUGGGACUUGGCUGACCCAGAAGGUAAAGGGUUCUUGGACAAACAGGGUUUCUAUGUUGCACUGAGACUGGUGGCCUGUGCGCAGAGUGGCCAUGAAGUUACCUUGAGCAAUCUGAAUUUGAGCAUGCCGCCACCUAAAUUUCACGACACCAGCAGCCCUCUGAUGGUCACACCGCCCUCUGCAGAGGCCCACUGGGCUGUGAGGGUGGAAGAAAAGGCCAAAUUUGAUGGGAUUUUUGAAAGCCUCUUGCCCAUCAAUGGUUUGCUCUCUGGAGACAAAGUCAAGCCAGUCCUCAUGAACUCAAAGCUGCCUCUUGAUGUCCUGGGCCGGGUCUGGGACCUCAGUGACAUUGACAAGGAUGGGCACUUGGACCGAGACGAGUUCGCUGUGGCCAUGCACUUGGUGUACCGAGCCCUGGAGAAGGAGCCCGUGCCCUCCGCCCUGCCCCCGUCCCUCAUCCCCCCCUCCAAGAGAAAGAAGACUGUGUUCCCUGGCGCCGUCCCUGUCCUGCCUGCCAGCCCCCCACCAAAAGACAGCCUCCGCUCCACGCCGUCCCAUGGCAGCGUCAGCAGCCUCAAUAGCACAGGGAGCCUGUCCCCCAAGCACAGCCUCAAGCAAACACAGCCAACAGUGAACUGGGUGGUGCCGGUGGCAGACAAGAUGCGAUUUGAUGAGAUAUUCCUGAAGACCGAUCUGGACCUGGACGGCUACGUGAGUGGCCAGGAGGUGAAGGAGAUCUUCAUGCACUCGGGCCUCACCCAGAACCUUCUAGCACACAUAUGGGCCCUGGCCGAUACGAGGCAAACGGGGAAGUUAAGCAAAGACCAAUUCGCGUUAGCUAUGUAUUUCAUUCAGCAGAAGGUCAGUAAAGGCAUCGACCCCCCUCAAGUCCUCUCGCCGGACAUGGUCCCGCCCUCAGAGAGAGGCACGCCCGGCCCGGACAGCUCGGGCUCUCUCGGCUCCGGGGAGUUUACUGGCGUGAAGGAGCUCGAUGACAUCAGUCAAGAGAUUGCCCAGUUACAAAGAGAGAAAUAUUCACUGGAACAAGACAUUCGAGAAAAGGAAGAGGCAAUCAGACAGAAAACCAGCGAGGUGCAGGAAUUACAAAAUGACCUAGACCGGGAAACAAGCAGUUUGCAGGAGCUUGAGGCUCAGAAACAGGAUGCUCAAGACCGCCUGGACGAGAUGGACCAGCAGAAGGCCAAGCUCCGAGACAUGCUGAGUGAUGUGCGGCAGAAGUGCCAGGACGAGACUCAGAUGAUCUCAUCAUUGAAAACGCAAAUCCAGUCUCAGGAAUCGGACUUAAAGUCCCAGGAAGACGAUCUGAACCGAGCCAAGUCGGAGUUGAACCGAUUGCAGCAGGAGGAAACCCAGCUGGAGCAGAGCAUUCAGGCCGGGCGAGUCCAGCUGGAAACCAUUAUCAAGUCCCUGAAGUCAACGCAAGAUGAAAUCAACCAGGCAAGGAGCAAACUUUCCCAGCUGCAUGAAAGCCGCCAGGAGGCCCACAGGAGCCUGGAGCAGUAUGACCAGGUGCUCGAUGGAGCCCAUGGCGCCAGCCUGACCGACCUGGCCGACCUGAGCGAAGGCGUCUCCCUGGCAGAGAGGGGCGGUUUUGGAGCCAUGGUAAAGGUUGAAUAAAUGUAUUACAGUACGGCGCUCUGGUCCCCGGGUGUGACAGCAGAACAUCCCACCCGCCAGAUCUGUUCAUGGCCAGCGUUGGUUCCAUCCGAGCGCAGGCGGCUGUCUCUUGGUUUUGCUGCCACUUUGUGCGUUCACACCAAGCCUCGCAGCCUGGCACAGGUGGCCAUGCUGAAUCCUGGCUUCCAGAACAAAGUCCAAGAUAGGCCAGGAUCCUUUCAAAACCUGUUUUGAAAGCCCUCCAUCUCUGCGGAAGCAUUACACUGGGCCAACCACCCAAAUUCAGAGGGCUUCUCAAACUUAACCAAAAUUGGAUCCGUUUCUACUCAUUGUGGAAACCCCACAUUCUACUGAUCGGGGGCAGGGGACAUCUGAGGGGUAUGUGUCUAUGGAUAUGUGUAUUUCCACAAGGAACACCUUGAAAAGCAAAUGUGUUGCUAAAGAUGAGGAAAUAAUGGCAGGCAGCCCUCCCAGGGUGUUCCUGUUUCAACUAAGAAUUGGCCUCUCCUGAAAUUUUGAUGAUGUUUAAAAACCUCUGCACUUUACUCCCAUCUCAUGACCUUAGAGUUGUGAUCAGGCCUGGGGCAGGGGACUGUUGGCCCCCUAGAUUUUUGAGAGAUCUCGAACCCCUGAUACCGAGACAGGUGUGAUCUUUUCCUAGGUGGUCACAUCCCCCCUGUUCAUGCCAGAGUCUGCCCCUGCAGCCUCGAACCUGGGGACAUGCAGCUUCCCAUUUUGUCUUGGUGCUGUUGCGGGAGCGGAUGGGCUGGGCCGCGCGGGUCUGGAUGUUUCCUUGGUGCUCUGCUGCCUCGAGCAGCUCUCUCCGUGCUGCCACCCUCUCUCCCCGGGCUCCUUCCUGGAGCCCUUCUGCUCGUGGGUCUGUGUUCGUCAUGGAUUCCUCUUCCUCCCUGGAAUAGGAGUGAGCGCUCAUGCUCUCUAAACACCACACUUGCCUCUUUAUGUUCAAUGCUUGACUUGUUCCUCUUCUCAGCAGCCGAGUCCUCAGUCCCAAGGAUUUAUGGGGAAGCACACGCAUCCCCUGGGCUGCUGGGAAGGCCCUGCUGGCGAGCUCAUCUGUCUCUUGUGUCUGGCCCACACUGGGUGUACUGCCUCCCUCUUUCCCCCCAGACUCUCUUUUCUCGUGGACUCGUAAUGAGGUGGCUUCCAUAGCCGCCCCCGGGCCCGUCAUCUUCAGCUUUAUCGUCUAAAUUUAAACAAUGAGCAUUCAUCCUUCAUGAAUUACGAGAAGCCAGAACUCUUCGCUUUGCUCCCUGACUGUUCUUGGCGUGUGUGUUUCCGCCUCACAACCCGGCUCCUACUUUCCCCAUCUGGCAUUGUCCCCUGGCACUGCUUCUGGCUUGUCCUGCUCAGUCUUCGUUCAGGGAACAGCUUCCUCUUCAACGUCCCUUUUGCAGGUUUUUAGAAACCGGUUUUCUUGGAUAAAAGUUGGCAGUGAAGUGGCAGUUUGCAAGAGGCCAGUGAUUCCCCCAACUCCAAAGACAGAUUUUUACCUUUCUUGUUAUUUUUGUUCAUCUUUUGGGCAGGGCAAAGGUUACAUGAGAGACAAUUACUUUGGGAAUGUAGAUAUAAGAUAUGUUACAUGGAAAUUUGCAACCGGCGUCCGAAAGAAAAACUGUCUUUAUCUUGUUGUACAAAUACAGUUUUUAAAGCAUUUUUCUGACUUGUUUCUAUUUCUUAAUAAAUACUUGGAAGAGA